AUGGGUGGCAUCUAUUGGAAAUCAAGCGAUGGAGGAGAGAAAACCACGAAUAUAUCCUACAACUGUGUCGAUCGACACAUGGCUUCAUUGGAAGACAAGUACGACACAGCGUUUGCAUGGGAAGGAAAUUAUUGGGACGAUAAUGUGCACGACUAUGCCGAUCUAAAUUGGGAUACUGUAGAUGUGCUAGUGCAGAAGAUUGCCAAUAUCUUCAAAGAAUAUUGCGCAGUGGGCGAGAAGGUUUUCUUACUUUUACAUCACACUAUCCAGCUUCCAAUUUCUCUACUUGCUGCCAGCCGAAUCGGAGCUGUAGCAGUUGUAAUGAAUCCCGCUUCCACAAGCGCCACGGCAAUAGCCGAGGUUCUCAAAGAGACUGAGCCAAAGCUGGUCGUGACUGUAGAUGGAUUCUGGCAAAGGCAUGAGUUGCUGGCAACAAAGCAGACUUUAGAUGAAGCACUAGUGAUUGCACAGGUUUCUUCAGUGAAAAACGUUCUCGUGAUUCGGCAUACAGCGCCUAAUCCGGGCAUUCCACCACCGGAAGUAAUAAUACCGGGACGAAGACCUUGUUACGAAUUUGAGGUAAAAAUGAACGAACCAAUGGAUAUUCUAUGGACAGAGUUGGUAAGAAAAGCUGAAACCAGUUGCGAUAUCACCUGGGUGCACUCAGAACAUCCCUUUGCCAUUCUUCCAGAGUGGACCCCGAAACUGCAAAUUCAUACCAUAUCCACUGGACAUCUGCUGAAUGCUUUGGAGCAGUAUUCCCAAAAUAUAACUUCAUUCUGUCUUUCACUCGCUCAUCCACAAAGCACGCUAGGAUUGGUGGGAAUCCUGGCACCAUGGUUCGACGCUAAGGUCCUCGUUACGUUUGAGGGCGUAUUGGACCACCCAGAUCCUGCUCGUCUCAAGCAAGUCAUAGCCAAAUACGAGGUAAAAUCAGCGAUUCUCCCACGAUGCGAUCUCGAUCCAGAAUACAUGAAAAUCGUUCCCGUACCCACUUUGUCUCGCAUCAUCAGCGAAGCCGGAUACGCAGCUGUAUUUACGAGAGAUUUUCCAGGCGUAGAAAUUAUAGAGCUGGAUGUAGAACGACUUUUAGACUAA